AGAGCAGGGCUUAUCAACGUCAUUCGUCACAGUAUAUAAUCCAGGCUCCUGUACUGACAGGGAAGGAGUGUCAGAGACUGUGGCACAACCAAAGAGCUCCAUGAAUUUAAAAGGUGCAGCUCCAGGGGAAAUCUGAGUUAGUAGUACCUUCACCAUAUAAAAUGCAGGGAAAGAAGACGUCUCAAGAGACUGAAACCAUGACCUCUGAACUGCAGCCUAAUCAGAAGGGACCACUGAUAGCCCCCAAAUCACCGGUUGGUCUUCUUAGGAAAAGGGGGCAACAAGCAGUGCCAAAGAUGCAACCUGCCAUGAUGAUGUUCUCCAGCAAGUACUGGGCUCGGCGAGGUCUGUCUUUGGAUUCAGCAAUGUUUGAUCAGCAGCACCUCGGAGCCUCCAUGCUCCGGAGAACAUCCUUUAAUCGGAUAGAUGAGACACCGGACAAAGAAGAACAGAAAUCCAACCUUGACCCUGGGAAAUUAGCAGUGAUUUUCUCUCUGAAGAAUGAAGUGGGCUGUCUUGUGAAAGCCUUGAGGCUCUUUCAGGAAAAGCAUGUGAAUCUGGCCCACAUUGAGUCUCGUAGAUCCAAGAGAAUAUCGAAUGAAGUGGAGAUAUAUGCAGAAUGCAGCUGUACAAAGAAAGACUUUAAUGAGCUUGUGCAACACCUGAAAGAUCAUGUCAACCUUGUGUCGUACAACACACCUCAACACGUGUGGUCUUCAGAGACCGACUGUUUGGACUGUGUGUGUGUUUUGGGUGGAUUGCCAGAUGGCGACGGAAUACCCUGGUUUCCUCAUAAAAUCUCAGAGCUGGACCAAUGCUCUCAUAGAGUGCUAAUGUAUGGUUCAGAACUGGAUGCGGAUCACCCGGGCUUUAAAGACAAAGUGUACAGGCAGAGGAGGAAGUACUUUGUGGAAGUUGCGAUGAACUACAAAUUUGGGCAGCCCAUCCCGCGCAUAGAGUACACAACUGAGGAGGUGAAGACAUGGGGAGUAGUGUUUCGAGAGCUGACUAAACUCUAUCCCACUCACGCCUGCCGCGAAUACUUGAAAAACCUCCCUCUGCUUGUGAAGCAUUGUGGAUACAGAGAGGACAACAUCCCACAGCUGGAGGAUGUUUCUCGGUUCCUAAGAGAGAGGUCAGGGUUCACAGUGCGACCCGUUGCAGGGUAUCUGUCACCACGAGAUUUCCUGGCCGGCCUGGCUUACCGAGUGUUUAACUGUACUCAGUAUAUACGUCAUAGCACAGACCCUCUAUACACACCAGAACCGGACACCUGCCAUGAACUGUUGGGUCAUGUACCGCUGCUGGCAGAUCCCAAGUUUGCUCAGUUCUCACAGGAGAUUGGUCUCGCAUCUCUAGGGGCUUCUGAUGAGGACGUACAAAAACUGGCAACCUGCUAUUUCUUCACCAUUGAGUUUGGGUUGUGCAAACAGGACGGUCAGUUGAGAGCUUAUGGAGCAGGUCUGCUGUCUUCUAUUGGAGAGUUGAGGCAUGCGCUAUCUGACAAAGCAACAGUGAAGACGUUCGAUCCCAAAACCACAUGCUACCAAGAAUGUCUCAUUACAACUUUUCAAGACGUUUAUUUUUUCUCUGAAAGUUUUGAAGAGGCAAAGGAGAAAAUGAGGGAUUUUGCUAAAACCAUUAAGAGGCCUUUUUCUGUCUACUAUAACCCGUACACCCAAAGCAUCGAUUUACUGAAGGAUACCAGAAGCAUUGAAAAAGUGGUGCAAGAGCUACGCAGUGACCUCACCACUGUCUGUGACGCCCUGGGAAAAAUGAACACGUACCUCGGCAUCUGAGA